AUGUCUUUGCAAAGUUACAAAGUUUACAAAGUGCAAUACAGGCUAGGAUUUCAAGAUCCUGCCUUUGUUGAAACAAGAUAUCACACGGUGGUCUUUGUCGAGACUGACGCAGAUGGUGGCGGCUGGACCCACGAGGUCACUGGCGAUAUCGUAUCGACAUCGGGAAUGGUCUACCAGAGCAACCACGGGUCGGCUCCAGAUAAGUCGGAAACUUAUCAUCAGAAGCUUUUUCUGGGUUGGAUCGCCGCAACAGAGCAUCUUACCGCUCUCGACAACCUACUGCGAUCACUACCUCCUCCUCCGCGCCAAAGAUGGUUCAACCCAAAGACAAUGAUCUACGAGCAAUGCAGACCGGACGGCACAUUAUAUGGCCCAAACGAGACGCGUCCGCCUUAUAGAAAGUGCACCGAAUGGACGGAGCAACAGGCAAUACCCGCCAUGCUAGAAUGCGGACUCCUCCGCACAGAGACCAACCCUAAAUAG